UCAAUUCAGUAUAAGCGGGAAAUCUGUCUCUGAUUAAUUCAAUCAAAAACUCCAAACAUUCGUUGUCAUUGAUCAACAUGAGUUCUACAGGAGAAAUAAAAUCUGUAGGAGGUAGAGGAAAGGCCAAAGGUUCAAAAAAAUCUGUUUCUAGAUCUCAAAAAGCUGGUCUUCAAUUCCCAGUUGGGCGUAUUGCUCGGUACCUGAAAAAGGGUCGUUAUGCUCAGCGUCUUGGCUCUGGUUCACCAAUUUACCUGUCUGCUGUUCUUGAAUAUCUUGCUGCUGAGGUGUUAGAGCUUGCUGGAAAUGCUGCUAGAGAUAAUAAGAAGACUAGGAUAAUUCCGAGGCAUAUACAGCUUGCUGUGAGGAACGACGAGGAACUCAGUAAGUUGUUGGGAAAGGUGACAAUUGCUAAUGGUGGAGUUCUGCCAAAAAUUCAUACAAAUUUGCUGCCCAAAAAGACUGGGAAGGGGAAAGCAGAAGUCGGAACCCAGUCCCAGGAAUUUUAGAUUGUUGUGUUAAAUUAGUUAGCUGGGUAGGCAGGUUCAAUAUGUUUUUGUGAAUUAGUAGAAAUAUGUUGAUCUGAACUUGCUUUUUGAUAUGGUUAUAGCCAUCUAUGUGAAUGAGAAGUUUGUUUCUUUAAGGUUGUUUUCUUCA